GAUCAAAGCCUUGUAUAUAAAGAGUUUAUCAUAUCGACCCUCAAUGCGAGACUUUGCGCCUCUCUGCCUUCUACUUCCCGUGCAUAACAGCAGUAGAGGUCAGUGCAAUCAGUGCAAUGUCAACUUCACCCCAUAACAACAAUGUUACGGAGGCUGGCUUUCGUCCCCCUUUCUCAGGCUUUCCAAGUGUGUAUUUAGCGCGAAGAUUUUUGAAUUACAGUUGGCUUGUCACAACGUUUGUCCACUGCCCGGGCAGUGGCCAGUUUGGAGAUGUGGAGGCCGUGGUGGUCUGGGCAUGAAGGGAAAAUUCAAAGGGACUUUUAUGACAAGCACACAUUAAAAACACACAAGGAAAGUUGAAAAGGAACAAUCAACCAAUAUUAAGGCUCCAAAUUUUUUGGUACAAAAGUAUAUCGUUGGUCCACUGUCCACCGAGGCAUCAAGCGGGGCCCUUCGAGCUGCAAGCGCCUGUGAGACGCAGUCACCCAUCAUCUUUUUGGAUUGAUUGCUCUAGACUCGAGGGCCUCAGCAAGCAGCCAAGUGUCGACAAGUUGAGACAGACCUUCAAAAAUCAGGUUGAAAGACUUCCCCACUUGCCCUGCACGAACCCCCAAACCUCUUGAAGGUGUCAACAGGAAAUCGAGUUAAAAGUGGAUCACGCCCAUAGGUUAUAGAUCGAAGACAGUCAGUGUUAGCGUGAACCAUGUCGCAUUCCCAUGUUGCUUUGAGUUUGAGGGUGCAAGAAGCAUUCGGCGGGGUACUGUUUUCUCAGCUUUGCAAGCCUUUCAAGCUACACCCUUCGACGAAGAUUGGGAUUCUUUGCGCGGAAAAUCUGAGCAAAUACCACAAAGAUAUCAUCCACUGCAUGGCAUAGCCUUAUCCUUUCAUAAUAAUACGUUCAUCCUGAGUAUAGACUUUCCAUGCCUUCUAUAAAUGACAUGGCUCUUCUAGUCAAGGAGUUUGAGGUGGAUGUCCACCAGUCAGUGGAAGUCUUCAUAGUCUGUGAUUCUGUCAUCUCCUUUGAGCCAAAUCUUCACAUUUGCUCUUCCUCCCGCAAGGCAAGGCUCUUUGUCAACCUUGCCACAAUUCUCACAAGCACCACGGGAUGCGAAACCAGCAGCCUCUCCACGUUCCCGAACUUAUUUUUCUUAACCUUUCGACUUGACUUGCUUGGUCUUGCACACAGAGGGCGUUUUUGCUCUGCUACCAAGAAGUGGGCAAUGGCUCGUUUUCUCUUGGGCCUUAGUGUGUGUGUGUGUGUGAAGUACAGAUGACCAAUUUGGGAGCCAAUUGAAUCCGGCCACACUAUUCAAAACAAGAUCAAUUCUGACAAAGAACUUCGCUAAAGCUAACGCCUAAGGCAUGGUGACAGGGAAGGUGAAGUGCCUGUUGAUGAAUAUCGGCUUCAAGAUGAAGGAGAUGAUGCAGAAGAUGCCGUUUGAUCAAAAUUGUGAGGGUUUGUACUUCAUCUUGGACCGGCAGAAGCGGCAGUGGUAUAAGUGCUGCCGGCAGUUCACUCCUGUCUUCAAGUGCAUCGAAGUACAGCCAACCGCAUGGUAUUCUCAGCGGAGUGAGUUUGGCGUAUCGAUGCCCUUUGACCAUGAAGAUGUACAGAUGUGUUUUCGUGAGAAGCAAUCCCCAGACCAAAACUGUCCAUUGUUGUAUUGCAACAACGUGAAGGAGAACUGCCUGACCGUGGGGGAGCUGGGCAAAGAUGCCAGCUGGCUGGUUCCGCCCAAGCCGAAGGGCAAGUUGUCUAUGCUCGACAAGAUCAAGGGCUUUUUGGCCGGAAUGCACAUGCCGGACGUUCAGGUCAUCCACUUGGGCAUGCCAGAGCCUUUGCUGAUUCUCCCAAAUGCGCCUGGGCACUUUGCGCCAAGAGGAGCGACCUUCAGGCGCCGAAAGGUUCCGGAAGUUCGUCACUCCCGCAAGGCGGGGUUUCUUUGACGCCGUCCUAGUGUGAUCGGCUCGGGUGCUAGGGGGCGGUCACGAAAACAGGGCGCCAGAGUGGAGACAAGAAACAAGGAUGUUGUUCGUAAUGAAGGGCACCAACAGGUUGAACGCCGCCAAAGCUGCAGCGCCGCCUGACAGCCUGAAAGGAAGAAAAACGGAUGCAGUGAGACCCAGUGACUCACAGUCACAGAAAAAAAGGCUGGCGUUCCUUCGAUGGCAUGAGUGUGUGUCUGUGUGUGUGCGCUUGCAGUGUGUGCGCCGUUGGGUUCCGUUCAAGGCUUGGACGACGCUCGCAAAACGUCAGAAAACUGCCUCC